GAUAAUAAAUUUAUACGGGCUUUCGUGACAUGAAUUUAAACUGAAUAAUUAACUACAUGAUAAUACAAGUGACAAGAAAUGAUAAUUUUUAAACACUAGCUGACAACACAAUGAACGAAAUUAAAAAGACAAUUAAUAAAAAUAAGAGCAAAAAGAAGAAGAAGAAUAAUAAGAAGAAAACUAAAAGCAGUUUGGGUAUUUGGAAAGUGAUAAAAACAUUUUUUUUGAAUUCGAGUGUACAUGGAAUUAGAUAUUUGGUUGAAGAUGAUUUGCAUUGGACAGAAAGGCUAUUUUGGAUAGUAGCCUGUGGUUUUAGUUGGUGGCUCUGUACUUCAUUGAUUUUGAGCAUAAUUGAAGAAUUUGUGACACGUAAAGUUGCAAUUACAAUGGUUACUGAUUAUUUAAAUUGGGAGAUUAGUUUUCCUGCUCUUCAUUUUUGUUUUUCUUUCAGUUCAAGAGCAAAAGAUUACGCGACCAAAGUUACAGGCACUAAUGCUCGCAAAGCUCAUACUUUAAGCCGUUUGAGCCAUUGGACAAGAAUGGGAUACGAUGCAGCAUUAAAAGUACCAUUAACAUCUGAAGAACUUGGAGAACUAGAAAACCAGAUUACACCCAACUGCAAAGAUAUUUUUGGCGUUUGUAUUUGGAAUGAUAGAGCAGUUGACUGCUGCAAAUUAUUUUUUCCACUAUCAACGAAUCUCGGUCGCUGUCUUUCAUUUAAUAGUUUUCUUUCAAAACUUCCUGACGAUCCCAGCUUACCUAAAUUCGUAAUGAAUCAUCAUAAAAAACGGGCAAGAUUAAUAAUUUACCCCAAUAAAACAGACUUCUGGUUGUCAUCAAACCCUUUUUUCAACUUAAUGCUCACGAAUCAAUUCGAGUAUCCGAAUCAAAAAGGAGGUCGGGAUACGUUUCUGACCGUGCAAUGGAGCCAACCGAGCCCGACAAUCUGGGAUAUAUCUCAAGUGCCGACGUACAAUGAUGCUGGGGUCAAGUCAUUGUCGAUUGCUGAUCGUCAAUGCAGAUUGCCUACGGAAACUCACGACUCAUUUCUUCUGAAAACUUACAAUUAUCACGGGUGUAUGGUAGAAAGUCAAAUGAAAAAAUUUAAUGAUACUUGCGGCUGCGUAGGUCAUAUAUUCCCACCUUCGGACACGUUUCGUAUUUGCAAUUACACUGAACUUAAAUGCGGAUUCGUCAAUAAAGAAGCUAUCGCUCAUAUAGAAAACCCAGACUGUCUACCAGAUUGUGAAGACAUUGUUAUUAAUCAUGAACACAAUACUUUGGAUGAUGAAAAUAUACCAGAUUGGGCGGUCACUAAACUAGAGUUCAAUAUGUUACCUGGACCGGUAAAACGCUAUGAACGUUAUACAGUUCAUUCAAUGCUUGAUGUUAUUGUUUCAGUAGGAAGUGCUUUGGGUCUUUUUGUCGGCGCCAGUGUCCUCAGCAUCGUUGAAAUUCCAUACUGGCUUUUUUUACGUCGCGAUGCAGAUUAAAUUUUCGUCACCAGUAAACGUCAAGAUAUAAAUCAAUCAUGUGAUUUUGAU